AUGGCUUCCAAGGUUCCCCAUGGCCAUCUCCCUCCUGAACUCAUCUUUGAUAUCCUCUUACGGCUCCCAGUCAAGUCCCUUUUGAGAUUCAUGUGCGUUUCGAAAUCUUGGAAUUCUUUAAUCUCAAGCCCUGAAUUUAUCAAAACCCAUCUCAAGGAAACAUCUAACGCCCGCAAUACUGCUCACCGUAAGCUGAUUUUCUCUAGUUUUUAUGGUGUCCCUGUCCUUGAUUUCGUCACAGAAUGUAAUCUUGACUGUGUGUUAUAUUCUCCCACAAUCGAGGCAACCGACAUAGUAACACAUAUUGUUGCAUCAUCCAUGACUGAGGCUACAAAAAUUCAACAUCCCGCGAAAAAAUCAAUUGAUAUUGUGGGUUCAUGUAACGGGUUGGUUUGCAUUGCAAUGGAACACAUAUUCAAUCCGUUUGCUUCAGAUUCUAUCCGUGACCUAUGUUUAUUUUUAUGGAACCCAUCGAUCAGGAAAUACAGGAAACUGCCUCAAUGCAGUUUUGGUUUUGAUUUUGAGAAAUCUGAUGUUGCAGCAUGUGGGUUCGGGUAUGAUGAGUUGCAUGAUGAUUACAAAUUUAUCGCAUUUUUGCGCGUCCACUCACCUGAGAAAAUUGCUGAGGAUCAAGUUGUUGAAAUUUGUAGUCAAAGGACUAAUUCCUGGAAGACGAAAGAGGUUUUCAAAAAAUAUAGCUUUCGGCCAUUUCAAGGGGGAUAUGUUGUUGAUGGGAAGCUCCACUGGAGCGGAACCUUUCAUCACGAGGAGGAAGAUGACUAUCCUUCAUACAAGAUUGUUAGUUUUGAUUUGGCUGACGAGACUUAUGGGGAGAUAGAACUUCCAGAAAAUUAUAAGGGAAAGUCGAAUGCUUUGAGAUGGAGUAUAGGAGUUUUAGGGGAAGGACGCCUUGCUUUCUUUUGGCUUCAUAUUCCCGACCUAGAUGUCUGGAUUAUGACUGACUAUGGAGCUACACAAUCUUGGACCAAAAUGUGCUCCAUUCGCUAUCCUAAAGAUCUUCAAUGUCGGCUUGGAUUCCACCUUAAUGUCCACCUUGUGUUCUUAUCAGAGAGGGGGGAGUUAUUGCUGAAAGUUAAGUCCCUUUUACUACUUUAUAAUCUAGAAGAUGGUGCAUACAAGAUUCUCAAAGUGAGAUCUAAAUUGCGGGGUAUUCGUGGUCUUCUGAAGGUGGAUGUGUACUAUGAAAGUUUGGCUUUGCUUGAUGCCCAUGAUGGAUAA